AUGGCAGCAAAGAAGCGCCGGCGACUCGGUCUGGACUUGGGGUUUCAUCUCCAAUGCCCCUGCUGCUACCGCCCGGGUGUGCCCUUUUGUGAGAACUGCGACCCUGAGAGCAGCGCUGAGCGCUUACAAGGCCUUCGAGCUUUGAUGAAGGCACAUCACUUAGAUGCCUACUUCGUGACAAGUCAGGAUGCGCAUGCUUCAGAAUAUGUUUGCUCCGCAGACGAACGGAGAAGCUUUUUGACGGGAUUCUCAGGCAGUGCAGGCAGCGCGCUGGUCACUGCUGAGAAAGCGCUCCUUUGGACAGACAGUCGUUAUUUCCUGCAAGCUGAAAAGCAGCUGGCAGGAACCGAAUGGGUGCUGAUGCGUCAGUUGCAACCUGGCGUACCAGAGUUCUCUGACUGGGCCCUCGAGCACCUCAAGGGUAAAUGUGUUGGAGUAGAUCCUCGUUUCAUUUCAGCAGAGACCUCAGAGGACUGGACAUCAAAGUGGGGUUCAUCUGUUCAGUUGAAGGAAAUAGGCACCAACUUGGUGGAUGCUAUUUGGACAACUCGUCCAGAAGAUCCUUGCAAUGCUGUCCAAGUACAUCCCUUGAACCUAGCGGGUGAGACAAUCGAGAGCAAGCUGAAACGGCUACGAGAAGCAAUCAGUGCCGAAGGAGCUAGUGUCAUUUUACUUAGCGCAUUGGAUCAAAUAGCAUGGCUCUUCAAUCUGAGAGGCUCAGACAUUGAAUACAAUCCAGUGUUUUUUGCCUAUGCCGCAGUGUUUCAAAACACCGCCAUACUAUUUCUUCGGUGCUUGGAUGCAAGUGAUGGCCUUCCGGAUGAAGUGCUUGGCCACCUGAAAGGGGCUAGUGUAGAGGUAAGGCCUUACAAGCAAUUCUUUACGGAGAUUGCGAACUUACUGAAGCCAGAGGAGAAGGUUUUUCUGGAACCGUCAUCCUCCUCCUUGGCCUUGAUGGGUUUGGUCAGACAUGACCUCAGAGUCACAGGGAUUUCCCCAGUUGAAAAAUUUAAGGCCUGCAAGAAUUCAGUGGAAAUUGAGGCUUUGAAGCAAGCAUGUAAAAGAGACUCGCUGGCACUUUGCGAGCUUUUUGCCAGUUUGGAGGCAAAGUUGUCCCUUUCGGAAAGUGAGCAAGUGCCAAUCACAGAAGUGGAUGUUGACGAGAUGAUGAAAGACUGUCGCCGGAGGCAGCCCUCGUACGUGGCUGAUAGUUUUCCAACCAUCUCAUCCGUUGGUUCCAACUCUGCAGUGGUGCACUACCAACCAGAAAGAGACAGUUGCAAGCGUCUUCUAGCAACAGAGAUGUAUUUGAUCGAUACGGGUGGACAAUACAAGGACGGAACGACAGAUGUCACGCGUACCAUGCAUUUUGGAUGCCCCACAGAGGAGCAGAAACGCAUCUACACCAGAGUCCUGCAAGGUCACAUUGCAUUGGCAAGUGCUGUGUUCCCAGAGGGCACCCCGGGGCUCUUGUUAGAUGCCUUUGCUAGGGGGCCCCUGUGGAAGGAUGGGUUGGAGUAUGGCCAUGGCACAGGGCAUGGCAUUGGAGCCUAUCUAAAUGUGCAUGAAGGACCUGCGCAAAUUGGUGGCGGCGCUGUCCCCGGAGACAAGAUUCUGUGCAACGAGCGUCGGAGGAGGAUCUUUUUGAUGCCCAUCCAAGCUGGAUUCUUCCUCUCAGAUGAGCCUGGUUGCUACAAAGAUGGAGAGUUUGGGGUCCGGAUUGAAUCUGAUAUUUUGGCAACCCCAGCAGAAACUCCGUACAAGAUGUCCACACGUCGCUUCUUGAAGUUUGAGUACUUGACAUUGGUUCCGAUGUGUCGAAAGCUGGUGGAUGUGUCCUUAUUGUCUGUGUCGGAGCAGCAGUGGAUUGACAGCUAUCACGCUCGUGUUUGGGAAGAGCUGAGAAGCUCUUUGCACAGUGAGGCGCAGAAUUGGCUUUGGGAAGCGACUCGCCCGUUGAAGGCGUGA